AUGCGCACGGCUUCUGCACAGCAGGGUUUUACUGUGGAACGCCGCCGUGCCGGUCGUCCAUCGGUGGCGGUGGAGGAGGCGGCCAAAAAUUUUCCGAGGUUACAGCAGGAGGCGGAGGAGGCAGCCAAAAAUGUUCUGAGGUUACAGCAUGAUACGGAUAAGGCAGCCAAAAAUGUUCUGAGGUUACAGCACGAUACGGAGGAGAUGGCCAAAAGUAUUCCGAGGUUACAGCAGGAGGCGGAGGAGGCAGCCAAAAAUGUUCUGAGGUUACAGCACGAUACGGAGGAGAUGGCCAAAAGUUUUCCGAUGUUACAGCAGGAGGCGGAGGAGGCAGCCAAAAGUUUUCCGAGGUUACAGCAGGAGACGGAGGAGGUGGCCAAAAGUUUUCCGAGGUUACUGCAGAAGGUGGAGGAGGCGGCCAAAAGUCUUCCGAGGUUACUGCAGAAGGUGGAGGAGGCGGCCAAAAAUGUUCCGAGGUUACCGCAGGAGGCGGGCCUGCGACAGGUGUAA